AUGCGGGGCGACUUUGACCUGUGCUCCCCGAUCACCGAGGCGGCAGCCGAGGUCGCCCUCAGGUGCACGGCGGCUGCCACCAAGCACCCUGACCCGCGGUGGCUCAUGCAGGCCUGGAAGAAGCUGCUCUCGCCUGCCGUGGAAGCUCUAGGCGGGCCCGCGCCGCCGUCACGCGAGACGCUGGGCGAUGCAGUUCUCCGCGCGCUCGACGCGGUGGCACCGGAUGUUCUUUAG